ACGAUUUGCUAGCGAAGUGGUAAGGAAGACUUGCAACCCGACACGAUAGGACAGGAAGGAUCAGAACUGUGGCUGCGAGGAUGGGCGACCGCAAAUACCGCGAGUUGAGUCGUGAUUAUCGAGAGAACAAUGAACGAGGACGUGAUAGUAGACGCGAUGAUGCAUGGCUAAGACAUCGGGGGCGAAGCCAAGACGACUACCGGCAUGACCGGAGCGAGCGAUCGUAUGGGAGCGGGGACUAUGGACGUCGUGGUCCACCGACCUGCUAUAACUUCGGGGAGGUGGGACACUAUAAAAACCAAUGUUGGAAGCGCAGCGAAGAGGCGGUCUCGAAGGGAGGCGCGAGUACAUCAAGUGUACCAAGGCCGGUAACGCAAGUCGAUGACGAGGUCAAAAAGACAGUGGAAGGACAUGCUAGCUCGGUUGCAUGCUUCAAGGAAUACAUCGACAARGAAAACAUGAAGAAAGAGAAUAAGGAGAGGAAGAAAAGGGAGAAGGAGGAACGUGCUCGCAAGGAAGAAGAGGAAUGGAUGGCGAAGGAGGCUGAGCGGGCAGCAAAAGAGGAACGAGCGGCGCAGAAGAUGGCCAAGAAGAAGAAGGAGGAGGAAGAGAAACUGGAGUUUACGAAAUCAGUGAGGAUGCAUGUCGCUAUGUGCAUGGGAGGACUUCAAGAGCAGGUGCAAGACCAAAUGCGGAGGAACAUGGAGGAAUUCCAAAGGAUCCUGAAAGGCAAGCAGGUUGUGUCUCCUUCAGGAUCAGUUGGAUCACAUACCAGCGACCGGGUGGCGAGCGAAGUCGAAGAACUUAGCCACAAGGCAGAAAGGCUGGUGAUAACUGAGAAGAGGAAGCGUAGCCAUGACGGACCAGUUGGGAAUAGUCCACCUGUCACGCAAACACCGAAGAAGACUCCUAGAAAAACGGGAGUGAAACCCGUUAAGCUUGCCACGAAACUCCAAGCGACUGUCGGAAGGACAGCGAAGAAGACCACGACGCAAGUCGAGACCAAGAAAACACCGACAAGAUACACACCAAAGAAGGACACACCGAAGACCAAGAUCGCAGCGAAGAUGGGAUCAGCAGGGCGAGUCAAGUUCAUUGGGGAGAACAUGCGGGAGCUAGCCGAGUACCAUGCCGACGAUCUGAAGAAGGUGUGUAGGCGCGACGAUGUGGAGUACGGGAAUAAAGUGACGGCAAUGAUUAACAUCGUGGAAAAGUGAGCGGAGGAAGCAUAUGGCGAGCCCGAGACUGUUGGAGAAGGGAACGAGGAAGACGUGUCCAACACCAAACAGAGUACCGAUGAUGCAAGUGAUACCGGCGACGAUGACUGAACUGACUUGGAUGGACCGGGACUGUGGGGACUAUGUCACUGGCUCAUUAACCAUCGUAAGUAGUCGAAGUAUGAUAGGAAGAUCGAAUGUUGUUACCGAGUUGUUGUUGUCCUCUUAGGAAUCACGGGGAAGAUUAGAUGGUUGGCCAAAUUUACGACAUCAYGGCUGCAACUUUUUAAGAGGCAUGGAAUCAAGUUUCUCGACAAAC